AUGCGGACCCACCUGUACUCUACAUUCGUGGACCUGACGAAAGCCUUCGACACGGUGAAUCGUGAAGGACUGUGGAAGAUCAUGCAGAAAUUCGGCUGUCCGGAGCGAUUCACUCAGAUGGUGCGUCAGCUGCACAACGGUAUGAUGGCGCAAGUCACGGACAACGGAGCUGUCUCAGAGGCAUUCGCAGUGACCAAUGGAGUGAAGCAGGGCUGUGUGCUGGCGCCUACCCUCUUCAGUCUUAUGUUCUCUGCCAUGCUGAUGGACGCCUACAGCGACGAACGCCCUGGAAUCCGCAUCGCCUACAGAACGGACGGUCAUCUCCUAAAUCACCGGCGCAUGAACUUCCAAUCGCGCGUAUCCACAACAACCGUCUACGAACUUCUCUUCGCCGACCACUGCGCCCUGAACACCACCUCCGAAGCGGAGAUGCAAUGGAGCAUGGACCUGUUCUCCGCCGCGUUUGAGAACUUUGGGCUGGUCAUCAACACGCAGAAGACGGUGGUGAUGCACCAACCUCCGCCCAACUCAGCCACAGCCCCCAACGCGGCGCAAAUCAGCGUGAAUGGGACCUAA